GUGUCCAUUUGCUAUUUCGUGUUCCCAAAGUUUAGGAGGCACUUGAGCGCGAUCAGCGGGCAAGCUAAACAGACGCCCCUCCUCGGUCAACAGCGCGGGUCGCCGCGGCAAGACGCGCCCCCCUCGCCCUGCGCCGCAGUGACGCUGUUGUGUGUGCGGCGGACCCUGCGCGCGUGAUGCGAGCCGGCGGGGCUGCGCGCUGGGCGCAGGGCGCCUCGGCCCGGCUCUGAGCCAUGCUGUCGCAGAAGCUGUACCCCGACGUGUCGAGCGCCAUGAGUGGCGUGGGCCCGUCGGGCGGCGUCAACUCCAUGGCGCCCACCUACGCCAUGAACUCCAUGGGCUGCGUCACCAUGAACAGCUGCAGCCCGCAGGGGUUCGGCUCCAACAUGCUGGCCUCGGGCAUGCCGCCCAUGCCCGCCGGCAUGAACGGCAGCUGCAUGUCGUCGGGCUACGGCGCCAUCGGCUCGCCCAUGUCGCAGAUGAACGGCGUGGCGUCGUGCAUGGGCGGCGGCAUGGGCGCGUACAACGGCGCGCUGGCGCCCAUGGGCGACCCGGCGGGCCUCGGCGGCGGCGGGGGCCUGGGCGGGGGCGGCGGGGGCCUGGCCGGCAGCGGCGCCGCCUCGCCCAACUCGCUGCAGCGCGCCGCCGCCGCGCGCGCCGACAAGACCUACCGCCGCAGCUACACGCACGCCAAGCCGCCCUACUCCUACAUCUCGCUCAUCACCAUGGCCAUCCAGAACGCGCCCACCAAGAUGCUCACGCUGUCCGAGAUCUACCAGUUCAUCAUGGACCUGUUCCCGUUCUACCGCCAGAACCAGCAGCGCUGGCAGAACUCCAUCCGCCACUCGCUGUCCUUCAACGACUGCUUCGUGAAGGUGCCGCGCACGCCCGACAAGCCGGGCAAGGGCUCCUUCUGGACGCUGCACCCCGACUCGGGCAACAUGUUCGAGAACGGCUGCUACCUGCGGCGCCAGAAGCGCUUCAAGGACGAGAAGAAGGAGGCGGUGCGGCAGGCGCACAAGUCGUCGCCCGCGGCGGAGGGCAAGAAGUCGCCGGCGCACGGCCACCCGGAGGAGCAGCACCACAAGGCGGCCGACAAGGGCGAGCUGGGCGCCAUGCUGAGUCUGCACGCGCCCAAGGUGGAGGGCGGAGACCCCAUGGCGGGGCUGCUGCAGCAGGCGGGCGCAGAGCUGUUCGCGCCGGCGCACCACCAGCCGCACCAGGACGAGCUGGCCGCCAUGGUGGGCCGGUGCGCGCACCUGUCCGCCUCGCUGUCCGACCACCACCAGGCGGUGCUGCAGCACCAGCACCACCACGCGCACCACCAGCACCACCUCAAGCAGGAGCCCGCCCCGGGCUACCCCGCCGCCAGCCACCCCUUCAGCAUCACGCGCCUGCUGCCCGCCGCCGACACCAAGUCCGACAUGAAGAUGUACUCGGACGUGUACCACCACGGCGGCUACGGCCCGCUGAGUCCCCUGGGCGGCGGGCCGCACGCGCACCCCGAGGCGGGCUACUACCAGGGCGGGCUGUACCACCACGCGCCGGCGGCCGGCGCGUCGUCCUUGUGACAGUACCCGCUGGCGUAGAGGUUACCUUUCACGAUGGCUCGCUAUGGACUGAAGGAAUCUCCGCCGACCAGCCCGGCCUGAAGGUUGGCAGACGUGCGCCAGCGGACCAAUACACGAGCAGACAGUGCGCAGUGGUGCCAACAUUCCACUCGCGAGGACUUCUUGUAAUCUCAGUGUCGCUUCAGAACACACUCGAACACAUUAUCUGUGCAAUAACGAAUGAACAUGUAAAUGUGAAAGUGGAAGGACAUAGGUGGACGCUCUAAAGGUACAUUGAUCAACGGAGUGGGUGAAAAAGUUAUGUAAAUAGUCAAAAAAUGUUUAAAAGAACACAAGAUCUUGGUGUACAUAAAAUUCUUUUUGUCAUACAUAAAAAAUAUUGCAAUUGUACGAACGCACUUGCGUCUCUGUUUUUGAGUGAUGAGAAUUAAAAUUGAUUGCUAGUUGUUUAAA